AUGGGCGCCUCCGCCAAGCCAUUGCGGCCCAACAGCCGCCAGUCCUCCUCGUCGUCCCAGCAGCCAGUGCCCAGCUACGCCUACGAGCAGUUCCACCGCGACAAGCAACUGCGGCAUAUGGCAUUCACCAGCCUCUGUCGCUGGCUCCUUACCGUUGCGCUCGCCGUGUCCAUCUACGGCGUCAUUUGGAGCUACUCGGCCAAGGAGGCCAUGCCGGCCAGCAAGAAGAAGGAGUUCAACACGCUCAUCAUUGGCCUUUCUAUAGGCCUCAGCUUGAACUUGGCCAGCUCCCUCAAAGGUGACGUGGCCGAACUGCGGUGGUGGCUGCUGAGCCUGCACGGCUGUACUCCACGGGAGGCCGAUUUGAUCUUGCAGAGCGAGCAUCUCAGCCGCCUCAUCAUGCUCGGUUGGACAUCGCGUCGCUCAAUUGUUCGAUCCAUUGUUGCUGUUUUUAUGGCAUUCAACCUCGCCUCGCAACUCGCUCUCGCCCUCCUCGGCAUUACGUACAACGUGAACCCGGCCGACAAGUUUACCGUCACUACGCCAGGCAUUGUCGAGAUUCCCGACAUGUCGGAUAUUCAGACGAAAUCGGCGCUCGCGCAAAACACAUCCCGGAACCUGAAUGAAUCCCAGGAAGUCAACGCGAGAAGAUACACAGCGAAUACUUUUGGAAUCGUUUCGAUUGCUUUGUCAGAGGGCAACAUUACUACUUUCCCCAAACCGGGCAAAAUCUUCAAUCCUGACGACCCCUCGGUAUUCUGGGAUGAUGAAAAGCAGACAUACGCGUACGUCUUCUAUGAGUCCUCGCCCGAGAACGCAGUAUACUAUACCAACGUCGCAUCGAAUCGUACAAUUUCUUUACACGCCAAAUGUGACAGCUGGCACGUCAUAAAGGGUGGCGAUGGGCUCAGCGCCAAUAUUACAGUACAAUACGACGAUGGGCAAAGGGAGGAGUGGGGGCUUCCGUCGGUAAACGGCCCUGAUCAGACCAUGUACUUCAACGACCCGGCAAUUCAGUCUGGAGACACAUGGGGUCAGGUCGACGUGUUCGAGGCUUCGAAGACGGACCCCUGGGCGUACCGCUGCAACAUCACUAUCGACCCUGUUUUGAAUGCCGUGAUCAAGGGGCACGAGGUUGGCGCCAACGUGACGCGCUACGCGGCUCCGGCCAUUGCUCUCCAAGGGUACGGGUCGUCGGUGUAUGGUUUGACAAAUGACACGAAGCUGUACCAAUGGCAGAGUUACCCAGCCGAGUCGCGCUUUGGAUUCCCUGCGAACGGCUCCGCCGACUUAAUGGGCAAUAUUGUCGCAAGGUACGCCAUUGGCGCCAUCGCAGUCACGGCACAGCGCAAUCCAAAUAUCCAGGCUCGCGGCAUGGUGCCUCAAAAGGGCAUUACCCUAGAGGUCACAAACUGGACAUAUUUACACCUUAUUCUCGGCUUGACAGUCGGAAUGCAACUGUUGAUUGCCGUUGUCUCGAUUCUCAUCGCAAACAGGGUGCAGAGCGAGCGCAGCUGA